AUGAGCGAACUGCUAACCAUGAACGAAGAAGACCCAGAAAUAAUGAUCCAUAUAGUAAACCAUUUAGAAACUACAAAAAAGACGAACAGGAGCUUCCUUCACUUCCUCACUCUAUCCACCUUACACAAACAGGAGAUUGAAAAGGAUCAAAAGGGAGUCUACUACAACGACAGAAUUAGGGACCACCUGAUAGAGUACCUCCACUUCGCUGUAAAGAACAACCACUACCAUUACCUGUUUAAAAUUUUCGAGUUGACUUGCCUGUACAAAAUAGAUGACGUAGAACUGCUGCGACAAGUGGUUGAGCAGAUACUUAUCCAAACAACAAAUGAGGAAGAAAAAAUCAUUCACUGCUACUGGAUCGUAAAACAUUUAACAGGAAAAAAAAAACAUGAUAGGAUUAUUGCUGUGUUGCUAGCCAAGUACCUUUUCAACGAUUCUUUUUUUAACUUCCUCCAAAGGAACGCAUGCAUCAGUAGCAGCUUUGUAACUCUCUUAAGUUAUGUGUCCGACUCGGUUGGGUAUUAUCCAAACGGGUCUGUCCUACCCCCACUCCACUGCACACUGAGAAACUACGCUCGCCAUUUUAAUAGCAAACUGGAAAAGGAGAUAGAACAAAAAAUCGUGAACAAUGUAGAGGAGCUAGCCAAAAUGCAGGAAAUCUUUCUAAAAAACGGAUUCUACGAUGAUGAUUUCAAUUUGUUAAUUAAACGGCUUGUACUCACUUGCACUUCGUAUAUCAACCCCUUCGACUUACUGGUCCUCUCCUCCAAUGUUCUGCUUAACUUUUCAAGGAAUGAUCACCCCCUUCUGUGUCCUAGUGAGCAGCAGGCGGGAGGAACACCCCUGGAAGGAAGCUCCCCCAAUGUGGCCAACUUCCCCAAACGGUACAGAAGCUUCCUAUCCGCGAAGACCAUGAUAGACUUGGUCAUCAGAACGAACGACCCCUACAUCGCCAACACAUGCAACGAGCUGCAGUACAUCCAGCGGUAUCUCCUCCUGUGCUCGUACUGUCACUUCACUUUGUUUUCUAACUGGUGGGCCGACACUGUAAUUUGUGACAAGCUGAAAAAGAAAAAAAGACCUCACAAAGCAGUGGUGCGGUCGAGAAUGCCAUACAAAAAGCACCUUGCCGAUCAGGUGUCCCACUUGCUGGAUAUGCUUCUGCACAGGUAUGGAGGAUCAAGCCAGGAAGGUGUAGACCCAUAUGUAACCGUCGACGCAGUGCAAAAAAACAGGCCAAGCGGCAUACCCCCAGGAGACCCCAUAUCCAAGUACCUACCCUACCUGCUCAAAUCCUUCAUGCGAGUGACCAUAACAAAACCAGAGAUGAUACGCAACCAGUCAUUCAUCCUAUUUUUCGAAGAAAUAUUUUUGCACAUAGUUGAUUCGUUCGUUGAAAAAUAUGAGCAAGGCAAAAGGGGAAUCGGCGUAGAUGCAAACAAUCAGAGCAGUCGCACAAACAACGAAAGUGUGAAAGGGACAACUUAA